AGUCGGACGGAGCCGAGCCACGGAAAUUAUCGGCAAGUCUGGUCAAUCAGGAGUCAUGAUGCGCUCCCUGGUGUUCUUGGCGCAGCUUUGGCUGUGCCACAGCCAGUCAUGCUGGGCCGGCUUUCCAGACGGAAGGGUCUUUUUUCCCGGUAUGCUGGUGCUGCCGAUGGGCGAAGAUGAGUGCACCACCACUUCAACAACUAGCAUAACAUUUACUACUUCUACAUCAUCAACCGUCACAGGGACCUCAACCACAGCCACCGCAACAAGUGCCACCACAACAAGCUCAACAGCAACCAGUGUCACCACGACUAGCAGCACGGCCACAACUGUCACAGCAACCGCAACCACGGUCACAACAACCAGCAUUACAGCAACAACUGUGACGACGACCAGCGUGACAGCGACCAGCGUGACAGCGACCAGCGUGACAGCAACCGCAACCACGGUCACAACAACCAGCAUUACAGCAACAACUGUGACGACGACCAGCGUGACAGCGACCAGCGUGACAGCAACCGCAACCACGGUCACAACAACCAGCAUUACAGCAACAACUGUGACGACAACCAGCGUGACAGCGACCAGCGUGACAGCAACCGCAACCACGGUCACAACAACCAGCGUUACAGCAACCAGCGUGACAGCAACCGCAACCACAGCCACAACAACCAGCAGUACUGCUACAACCACCUCAAAAACAGCGACAAGCACCACAUCAGUGACAUCCACCGGAACUACUACAACGACACUUGUUUUGACGUGCGUCACACCUUUCGAGCAGAGUGCUGAUGGCGAGGAGUUCUCUCAAAUGGACCGCGCUGCAAGUUCCAGUUGCGACGGCUUGAGCGAGUCCGCAUUCUGCAACAUUACCUUCGGCGCAGGGAGUGCAUCGGCGUUGGCUGGAUGCCUGUUGGAAGGGAGUUAUGAGUGGUUCUGUCCGAAAGAUCUGGUGUCACAACAGUUGUAUGCUGCGGAGCCAUAUAUUCAAUGCCGUGCUUGCAGUGGCUCAUACGUCGACACGGAUGUCAACCUUUUAGCUUAUUCAGGCAUGCUGACCUUCGGCCCGAACAUGAAGAAUGGCACUGUGGACGAGAGCAUGGUGGACGUUUACCUCGUUUUCCCCGUGGAUGAUUGUGGCCACAUUGAGAAGGAUGCUUCUCCGCUUGCGACGGUGACCAAGAGCACACCAAAUGCAGAGUGCUGCGAGCACACCAAGUACUCAGUGGAGCUGAACAUGACCAGCUUUACUUUCACGAAGCUCGUGGUGGUCCCUGGCGCAAUCUCUGGUGGGGUAACAUCGCACCUUGAUGACGGACUUGUGAUCGAUCUGGUUGAUUUGACCACCACGUCAACCACCACCAUCAGCAUGACGAGCACGAGCACAGCUACGACAACCAUGACCAUGACGACGACGACCACCCUGGUGGACGACGGUGCUUCCAUUUCCGGCAGCACCCAGUUGCGAUUUGCGCUUGGCUCCUUGGCGGCCUUGGCUUGUCUCUCCGCUUAGUGGAAGGACGCACAACGAAAAUGCCCGCAGCAAAGUUGCUGAGACACCGACCAACUUAGUCCCGAGCCCCCGACUGCCUGGAAAGUGUCGGAAGCACUGUGCCUGCCUAUGCCAGCAGCUUUCUUGGGCGCUGGCAGUUACCUUUCGUCGAUGAGAGCUGGGUUUCCAGAUGGAGUGACGC